AUGGAGCUCUCUCGCGAUUUCCACGGUGUAUCUUCUUCAGUGCUCGCUCUGAUUUCCGAAGAGCCAGAGUACCGCUUCAAUUUUGGGAAGUACUCUGGCAAGCCGCUCUCCGUUGCGCCUCCCAGCUACAUUACCUUCCUAAUUGAAAAGAAGAUACCGGCCAGGCGACCAGAACUCAGAGUCGCCCUCGAAAGGAGAUCUACAAUAGCAACACCUACAAGCGCCACAAUAGCCACGACCUCUCCCCUUGUUGCGGAGGAGCGAAAAACACGUCCUAGAUCCGCAUCACGUGAAGACGACAUGCCUCCACCAAAGAUCCAGAAAACCUUGCAAGAGUCAAGGAACUCUAAUCAAAGUCGAGUAUGGGCCGAAACCCCCUCUAGCUCAUACAACCGCAUAACAUCAUCCCCUGCCUCUUCAUUGUCUCUGUCGAAGUCCCGACCUACAACACACAUCCAGCAAAACAAUCCGAAUUGGUCGACCUUUAUGGAAUGCAAGUUUUCAGAGCAGACGAAGCCCAUUCCAUCAACACCCGCAAACAUCCCUUGUCUUCCGAAAGUUCCACCCAAAACUCUCGGCAAUCUAAGCAGGGAGUCCACGCCCAUUCUCACGAACACUAGUAAUGGCAGCAAUCUCUCUCCCCAAGCCGUUCUUCCAGGACCUGUCAAAUGGGACCCCAAGACUGCUCAUCACAAGGUCUUCAGAGACCAUUAUGGAGAAGUGUUUGAGUGGAUUCACGGCAGAGAUGCACGGACUUUAUUCGGAUUCACCCCCAAUCACAUCAAUCAGCUGACACCAUAUGACAAGACGGACAAGGAAAAGUUCUGGUUAUAUGAAGUUCGAGACCUGUUCGCUUUCAGCACUUCGGAAAAGAGCGCUAACGCAGCAAUGAAAGCUUUCAUGGCAAAGAACAAAAGAAGUACUAAGGAUAUCUGGGCUGGCUUGGGAUUAGGAGCCGGUGCGUGUAACGAGGAAGGCAUGAAUGGUCCACCUGUUUACGACGAUUACGGAAAUGCUAUCACGGAUCGGGAUUCCUGGGGUAAUCCAAAGGUGCCGGCAGCUACGAAGGCUAUGAAGAAGGAUAUUAGGCAGGCUGCGAAAGUUGAGAAGGAGAAGGUGAAGAACGCUGAAAAGGCGAAGAAAAAGACCGAGAGGGAGGCUCUGAAGAAAGGUGGGAAGAACAGUACCAAACGACUCAAGAAAGAAGCGUGA